AUGCUGACAGCUCUGAUUGACAUAUACAAAGGAAAAAUUGCAAAUGAGGAGAUUAAAGAAACUGUUAUUAUUAUUAUUGGUGCUCUUGUCAAAAAACUGAGCAAGGCUGGAGGCUCUGAACUACGGGCAGUUCAGGAAGCAAAGCAGUUAAUCUUAGCUGGUUUGAAAAAGGCAGACAAACCUUCUGAUGUCAAAGCAUAUCUUUUAUCCCUGAAAAAUGCCAAUCUGCCAGAAGGGAUUCCAGUGCUGCUGAAAUAUUCAGAAUCUGGGGAGGGGCCUGUCAGCAGCAUUGCGGUCAGCGCACUUGAGAAUUAUGACAUCUCAUUCAUCACUGAUGAGGUGAAAAAAGUAAUGAAUCGCAUCUACCACCAGAAUUAUAGAAUACACGAAAAGACAGUGAGGACGUCUGCAGCAAAUAUAAUACUGAACAACAACCCUACUUACAUGGAAGUAAAAAACAUGCUUCUUUCUAUUGGGCAUCUUCCACUAGAAAUGAACAAGUACAUGCUCUCUGUGUUCCAAGAUAUCCUUCGUUUCCAGAUGCCUGCCAGUAAGCUUGCUCGUGAAGUUUUGAAGGAUAUGAAGGUUCAUAACUAUGACCGCUUCUCAAAACCUGGAUCCUCCUCUGCCUAUUCUGGAUAUAUAACACGUGGCCCUUACUCAUCAGCAACAUAUAGUCUUGACAUUCUUUACUCUGGUUCAGGCAUCCUAAGAAGAAGCAACAUGGAUACCUUUGUCUAUUCCAAAAAUACAGAACUGCAUGCCAUUCAGGUUGUUAUUGAAGCACAAGGACUUGAAUCCCUAAUAGCUGCAACUGCUGAUGAAGGAGAGGAAGACUUGGAGUCCUUUGCUGGAAUGUCGGCCAUCUUGUUUGAUGUCCAGCUUCAUCCUGUAACCUUUUUCCAGGGUUAUAGUGAUUUAAUGUCAAAAAUGUUUUCAGCAACCGGUGACCCGAUAAGUGUAGUGAAAGGACUAGUGCUGCUAACAGACCAUUCUGAGACUAUUCAGCUGCAGUCUGGGCUACAGGCCAGUGUUGAGUUCCAGGGUGGACUGGCCAUUGAUAUCUCAGGAGGAAUGGAUUUCAGCCUGUGGUAUCGGGAAUCCAAAACCAGUGUUAAUAACCGUGGAGCUAUGGUCAUCACAGGCAACAUAACUGUUGAUUCAGGGUUUGCAAAUGCUGGCAUGGAAACCCGCAUGGAAACUGAGUCUUCCUUUAACUUUCUUUCAACAGUGCAGUUUUCAUCAUAUCCGUUUUUGGUGUGUAUGCAAAUGGAUAAAGGAACAUACCCAUUCAGGCGGUAUGUCACAAAAUACGAAAGACUGCCCUGCGGCAAGUCGUAUGUGUCUCGGAAAGGAAAAGUACAGAAUGUGGCAGGUUCUGAGCUUCCUCUUCAUCAAGAGAACUCCAACAUGUGCAGGGAAGUGUUUGCAGAGCAAGAUUCCUCAGAGAGCUGGUUCUGA